AUGGGCACAGGGACAAGGCUCCGGCUCUUGGUAUCUUGUCUCUGGGCUUUGGCUUCUCCGGGCUCUGGCUCCCUGGCUCUGGCUCUGCUGCGUCUCAGAGAUGCAGGUUACAGGCAUGACUGGGGCCUUUGCCCAGGGGAGGCGCUGGACUGGACGCCGAUCUUGAAAAAGCAACCACGGCGACAAGGAAGCCCAGGGGACCACCUCCAUUGGUCCCGACUCCAUAGAAAGGAAGUAGAAGAUGCGGAUCUGGUUCAGGGGUUUUCCGAUAUCCAUCAUCAUCGUCCCCUUCCCAGGGUCGACAGGCUGGAGGAUGGAGUUCCUGAUGGAGUCGCCGAUGGAGUCUCUUCGAUCACGGCAGACGUCGAUGCGAUGGGAGUAGAUCUGGUCCUAUAG